AUGAAACCUUCUUGGUUGACCUUUAUUGGCCUUGCCGGUUGCGCCUUGGCAGGGCUUUCCACCACACCGACGGCCUCUGAUGCAUUCACCCAUCCAGGACUUUUGCAUACCGAGGCUGACUUCCAGCGUGUUAAGAAGCUGGUGGAUUCUGGUAAGGCGCCCUGGUCAGUCGGCUGGGGAAAGGUCGUGCAACGUGCGAAUCCCGACUAUAAGCCAAGCCCUCAGGACAUUCUAGUCAGAGGCAAGACUCCAGAGCGGCCAGAGAAUUAUGCCCUCCUCUACCGAGAUCUCGCGUCGGCAUACGCUCUUGCCAUCCGUUGGAUAGUCACCGAUGAUUCAACAUUUGCGGGUGCUGCUGCCCGAAUCCUCGAUGGCUGGGCCGAGAGUCUCACGGACAUUUGGGGUAGCUCGGAUAAGUUCUUGGCCGCAGGUAUCUACGGAUAUCAAUUUGCGAACGUGGCAGAGAUUCUCCGCUCUUAUACUGGGUGGAAGGGCCUUGACGCAACAGCGUCCAUGCUUAUUCGCGUGUUUUAUGCGAAGAAUCAACAGUUCUUAACGGCACAUAAUGGCGCCCAUAUUGAGAACUACUGGGCAAACUGGGAUCUUUGUAACAUCGCGAGCAUGAUGAGUAUCGGUGUUCUCGCUGAUAAUCAUACCAUCUGGAAUGAAGCGGUGGACUACUUCAAGCAUGGUGCAGGAAAUGGAGCCAUCGAGAAGGCGAUUUGGGUCCUUCAUACCGAAGAAAAGACUGGCAAGCAGCUAGGCCAGAACCAGGAAGCUGGUCGGGACCAAGGCCAUGCCACCCUUGACUUCGCUUUGCUAGGUGUCAUCGCUCAGCAGGGCUUCAACCAGGGAGAAGACCUUUUUGGGUAUUUGGACGAUAGAAUCCUUGCUGGAAUGGAAUAUGCUUCCAAGUACAACGUCGGCGAAGAUGUUCCCUUCACCACCUAUACCAAUGCAGUGCAUGGGACGCAGACUAAGAUCAGCGACAGUGGUCGUGGCAAUAUCAGGCCGAUGGCAGAACUCUUUGUCGCUCAUUAUGGAUCUAUUAAACGCCGCGAUGUCUCAUGGACAAAGGCUUAUCGAGACCUUGUUGUUGGGAAAGGCGAUGGGGCUGAGGGUGGAGGUGGCGAUUACGGAACCACGAGCGGCGGCUAUGACCAGCUCGGUCAUGGUACGCUGUUGUAUCGCCUUGAAGCCUAG